CAAUUUUUUAUAUAUUUAAAAAUGUAUAAAGCCGUCGUAGUAUUGGCUCUUCUUGCUUCAGUAAGCUUGGCUGUGCACAUUCCAUUGACCAAGAGAUCUAUCUCUAAGCUAGAGAUUGAUGCCAAGAGAAGUUUCCUCCAAUCACCAGAGUUUGAACAAGAGAUGGAAUCUGCUUUAAGAUCAAAUGAUCAGACAAAUCUUCCAAUCAAGGACUACACUGAUACCCAAUAUGUUGCUGAGGUUACUGUUGGAAACCCACCACAGAGCUUCAUGGUUGUGCCAGAUACUGGAUCAUCAGAUCUUUGGAUUUACUCCUCCAGCUGCUACUUCUCACUCUCUUGUUAUCUCCACAACUACUACAAACACAAGAGAUCAGAUACUUUCCACAAGAAUGGAAAGAAGUUCUAUCUCGGAUAUGGCUCUGGAAGUGCUAGUGGACACUGGUCAAAUGAUGAAGUAAACUUCGCUGGCCUCACUGCUGAAGACUUCAGAUUCGGAGAGGUUACCUCUGUAAAAGGAAUUUCUUUCAUCAUGGGACAUCUUGACGGUAUCCUAGGACUUGCCUUCAACACUAUCUCUACUGAUAACUUCCCAGUUUUCUUCGAAGCUGCUGAUUUAGAAGACAGAUCAUUCUCCUUCAAACUUGGACAUACUGAUGAGGAAUCCUUCUUGGUUGCCCCAGGAGUUGAUGAAGAUUUGUUCACCGGAGAAUUGCAAUAUCACAAUGUUAUUGAAGAGAAAUACUGGAGUCUUAAUAUGACAGACAUCAAGGUAGGAGGGAACUCAAUUGAAGGAGCUGAAGGAUAUAAAGGUGUUAUCGAUAGUGGAACUUCUCUCAUUGUUGGAGAUCAAAAGCUUAUUGAUCCAAUCCUCGCUCAAAUUGGAGACAUCGAUCAAACCUGUAAGGAUCUCUCUGGUCACCCAGAUAUCACCAUUACUUUCGAUUCAGUAGAAUAUACCUUGACUCCAGAGGACUACAUUGUCAGAGUUAAAUCAUUCCUCGGAGAAGCUUGUGUAUGUGGUUUCAUGUCUGCCAAAUUCGCUACUAACUUCCCAUAUCUCAUUAUCGGAGAUGUUUUGAUGAGAAAAUACUACACUCACUUCAACAUGAAUGAUAAGACUGUUGGAUUUGCUCUCGCAAACCAUGAAUAAAUCUAACUACUUGAAGUGGCUUACAUUCAA